GGAACACUUCCCAAAAAAUGCCAAAAUGGCUAUAUCUUUUUUCUGUGUUUCUGUUUUUAUAUGAGAAAAAAUCUAUUAUCAUCAAAAAUCUGGAGCAAAUAAACUAAGAUUUCUAUUAGAAAUAUUUCAUCAAAAUUAUUAAAAUUAUAGUUCGUGUAGAUUUUUGGUUUCAGUGAAUCUAACAACUGCAGUCGGUGUUAUAAAAGCAUCAAACAAGAAUAUUUGUAACAUUUAUGCCUCCUCAGAGGAACAUGAGUCGAGGUGGUGGUUCUAGUAAUGGCCCUAGAGGCGGAUUUGGCGGUGGAAGAAAUGGUGACUUUGGCGGAGGUGGUGGUCGCGGUGGCGGCGGUGGUGGAGGAGGAGGUGGUGGCUUCGGUGGUGGAGGCGGAAGUGGUGGCGGUGGUUUCCGUGAUCGCAAUGACGACCGCGGAGGAAAUCGUGGUGGAAAUAGAGGUUUCAAUAGAAGCGGAGCAGGUGGCGGCGGAGGAGGUUUCGGCGGCGAUAGACGUGGUGUACGUACAGGACGCGUUGAAAAAUUUGGCGGUCGUGGUGAAAGAAAAUCCAGCAAACAAAAUGAUUUUGAACCAAUUGAUUGGUCCAUUGUCGACUUGCCACCAUUUCAAAAAGAUCUCUACAAAGAACAUCCCAAAACCAAGAACAGACCUCUGCAUGAAGUUGAAAAAUAUCGAGCAGAAAACGAAAUCACCCUCAGGGGCCCCGCUCCCAAUCCAAUUCAGUACUUCGAUGAAGCCUGCUUCCCAGAUUAUUGCAUGAAUCAAAUCCGCCGCAGCAAUUACUCAGCCCCAACACCUAUCCAAGCUCAAGGUUGGCCAAUAGCCAUGAGCGGAUUUAAUAUGGUUGGUAUUGCAAAAACGGGAUCUGGCAAAACGCUAGCCUUCAUUCUGCCAGCAAUUGUUCAUAUCAACGCUCAACCGCCCCUCCAACGAGGAGACGGUCCCAUUGCACUGGUACUUGCACCGACUCGCGAACUGGCACAGCAAAUACAGUCGGUUGCCAAUGAAUUUGGUUCUUCUUCCUAUGUUAGGAACACGUGCAUCUUUGGGGGUGCUCCCAAACAAAAACAAGCCUACGAUCUUGAACGGGGUGUUGAAAUAGUUAUUGCCACUCCGGGGCGCCUCAUUGACUUUCUUCUCAGCGGAACUACCAAUUUACGUCGUUGCACGUAUCUGGUUUUGGAUGAAGCCGAUCGUAUGCUUGACAUGGGAUUCGAGCCACAGAUAAGAAAAAUCAUGAGUCAAAUUCGACCGGAUCGACAGAUUCUCAUGUGGAGUGCCACCUGGCCGAAGGAAGUUCGCCAGUUGGCCGAAGAUUUCCUCAGCGAUUAUAUUCAAAUCAACAUCGGCUCGUUGGAGCUCUCUGCGAAUCAUAACAUCCGUCAGCACGUUGAGAUAUGUCAGGAAUCGGAGAAGGGCACCAAACUCAAACAGCUUCUGUCGAAUAUCUACGAUGCCCCCAGUGACCCGGGAAAGAUAAUAAUAUUUGUGGCCACCAAGAAGAAGGUCGACGAGCUCUUUAGGUACAUUGGAGGCUUUGGGGUGCGUUGUGGCGCUAUACAUGGCGAUAAAUCUCAAUCGGAACGUGAUAAUGUGCUGGGCGAGUUCAGGCAUGGCAGAACAAAUAUACUGGUGGCCACAGACGUUGCUGCCCGCGGUCUAGACGUUGAGGGGAUCAAGUUUGUUAUCAAUUUCGAUUACCCACAGUCGUCGGAGGACUAUAUCCAUCGUAUUGGGCGAACGGGACGUAAGCAUUCCAGCGGUACAUCUUACGCUUUCUUUACCAGGAAAAAUGUUAAGAACGCCCGAGGUUUGAUUGAUGUGCUGCGAGAAGCGAACCAAGAUAUUAACCCACAGCUUGAACAAUUGGCAAGAUCUGGCGGAGGUGGCUUUGGCGGAGAUAGGAAAAGAUUUGGGGGAGGUGGUGGCUUUGGUGGAGGUGGCCGUGGUGGAGGCGGAGGCGGGAGAGGUUUCGGUGGUGGUGGCGGCGGCGGCGGAGGAGGAUCUAGGUUUGGUGGUGGAGGACAGAGAGGUGAGAAUGGUGGUGGCAAUAGAUUUGGUGGUGGUGGUGGUGGUGGUAGCGGUGGUGGCUUUGAAAGUGGUGGCGGUGGAGGUGGCGGAGGAAUGCAUCGAGGUUUCAAUGGCGGACAAAACGGUGGCCGAUUCAAUGGCGGAGGUGGCAAUAAUGGAGGGUUCGAUGGACCACGGAGAAACUUUCCCACUAGAAAUUAGUAAAUUAAAUAAAUAGAGAUUUUUAUUUUAUUUUUUUCUCGAUUACUUUAUUAAAACGAAAAACAGACAACAAACAAAAAUAUCACCGUGCAAAAGCCCGAAACAAUCCAAAAAAUAAUUAUUUUCAAUAAUAAUUUAAAUAAGCUUAUAUUUCGCCACCAGACCAUAUUCAUAAUUUUGUUUGUUUAUUAAUGAAUCAAAAUAUUAAUAAAUAAAUAAAACUUCCGUAAUGUGAACUUCCUUUCAUAUUUUCCAUCUUAAUUUUUUAAUUAUGAUUCAAUAAAGAAAUUAAUUGAUUUAUUAAAGUGAA